AUGAGGAUUUUUAGACCGUGGAGACUGCGCUGUCCUGCCCUACAUCUGCCCUCUCUCUCCGUGUUCUCACUCAGGUGGAGCCUGCCCUCCCUGGCCUCUGACGAGACCAUGUGUAAGAGCGUGACUACAGGUGAAUGGAAGAAAGUCUUCUAUGAGAAGAUGGAGGAGGCCAAGCCGGCCGACAGCUGGGACCUCAUCAUAGAUCCCAACCUCAAGCACAAUGUGCUGGCCCCUGGCUGGAAGCAGUACCUGGAAUUGCACGCCUCCGGCAGGUUCCACUGCUCCUGGUGCUGGCACACCUGGCAGUCGCCCCACGUGGUCAUCCUCUUCCACAUGUACCUGGACCGCGAGCAGCGGGCAGGCUCGGUGCGCAUGCGCGUCUUCAAGCAGCUGUGCUACGAGUGCGGCACGGCGCGGCUGGACGAGUCGAGCAUGCUGGAGGAGAACAUCGAGAGCCUGGUGGACAACCUCAUCACCAGCCUCCGCGAGCAGUGCUACGGCGAGCGCGGCGGCCAGUACCGCAUCCACGUGGCCAGCCGCCAGGACACCCGGCGGCACCGCGGCGAGUUCUGCGAGGCCUGCCAGGAGGGCAUCGUGCACUGGAAGCCCAGCGAGAAGCUGCUGGAGGAGGAGGCCACCACCUACACCUUCUCGCGGGCGCCCAGCCCCACCAAGCCGCAGGCUGAGGCGGGUUCUGGCUGCAACUUCUGCUCCAUCCCUUGGUGCUUGUUCUGGGCCACGGUCUUGCUGCUGAUCAUCUACCUGCAGUUCUCCUUCCGCAGCUCUGUCUAAGUUCCCCUUAGUGGGCUCAGGGGAACUCUCGGGGCCCAAGGCCCCUGGGGGCCAGCCAGCUGGAGGGAGGGGGCAAAGAGAGA